AUGAUGGACCAAGGAGCCAGAUUCGGAAGAAAACAGACAGGAGGGGCUUGGCUUGGCUGUUUGACCACAGAGAGAGAUCAGCGCUCAACCCCAGGUAACAACGACUAUGUACUAGUGCUAGCGCUCGUGACUAGUGACCCCUCUAAAAUCAGUCACAGAACGCUCACAGGCAUCACCACCCAGUACCCACCAGUCACCCAAUACCACCCUAAAAUCAACCUUGGAGAGUUCCUCCCUACAUAA